AUGGCUGAGAAUGAUACUGCCAGCGCCAACAAGGCUUACUUCAAUAAGCUGGCUGCCGAGUACGACACGAAGUACGAAAAGACUAUUCUGCAGCUUGAAAAAGAGAUUCACAAGCGCAAGGACUUCAUCGGCGCAGAUUGGGUGAUUGACGACGACGAUGAUGACAGCGAGAGCGAGAGCGCAGCACAGUCGACGGCGGCGAAUGGUCGGUCGGCCCUCGCGCAGUUCACGACGCAUUGCGUCGGCAUAGACAUUUCGGAAAACAUGGUGGCGGCCUACAACGCCCGGGCCGAGAACCAGGGCCUCACCACCGACGAAAUGCACGCCUAUCAAGGCAACCUCACGGACCCUUCCGAUCCGGCCCCCGCGGCGUUCGCUUCCGACGACGGCCGCUUCCGCGACUUUGACGUUGCCGGUGUCGGUCUCGGUUUCCACCACUUUGAGGAUCCGGAGUUCUCGGCCCGCCGGCUGGUGGAGAGGCUGAGGCCGGGCGGGGUUUUCAUCAUUCUCGAUUUCCUGCCGCACGAGAAGAUGGACCACGCGUUGCCUGCUGCGCAUACGGUUAUGCAUCACGGGUUUUCGGAGGAGAGGAUGAAGAGUAUCUUUGAGCAGGCUGGUGCGGGCGGGGAUUUCAGGAUGGAGGAGCUUGGGAGUGGUGUUGUUUUUGGGGGGCAUGGGCAUGGACAUGGACAUAGCCAUGGGGAGGAAAAGGGACAUGAUCAUGGCCAUGGCUCGGGACAGGGGAUGAAGAGGCGCGUGUUCUUGGCGCGUGGAACAAAGGCGUAG